UAUAUAUAAAAGAAAGACCUUUGUACUUUCUGUUUUUUUAAAUUGUGACAAUUCAUCCAUUUCAUACUGAGAGAUAUUCUUCCUUCUUCUUUGUGCAGAAACUCAAUAUUUUGAUCAGACACAUAAGAGAGAUUAAGCGAUAUGUCUUAUGCUGCUAUUACUUGUCUUAUGAGAACCAUACACCAAUCAAUGCAACUUACUGGACGUGAUUUGCAACCGUUCUAUGAAAAGCUCAAAUCUUUGAGAGCUAUUCUGGAGAAACCAUGGAAAGCAACAGACGAUCUCGAGGCAUUAACAAACUUGGAAGCUGAAAUCGCAGAGGUAGCAUACAGUGCAGAGGAUAUGGUUGACUCGAAAUCAAGAAAUGUUCUUUUUGCACAAAAGGCAAAGAAUAAAGCAAGAGCUUUCUGGGAACUCUGUUGUUCCUUGGAACAAGAGAUAGGACGCAUUGAUUCCCUCAUGAUGCAGUGGUUGGCAAUAUGGAACUGGUACAGUAAAAUCAAAGAUUUGAAAGCACGAAAGUUUUCUGUAGCAGCUAGUAUACCUGAACAUGCUGUAGAGAAGCCCGAGAAUAUAAUGGUUGGCCAUGAAAAUGAAUUCGAGAUGAUGCUCAAUCAAGUUGCUGGAGGAGAAAGGGAACUAGAAGUUGUCUCAAUUGUAGGUAUGGGAGGCAUUGGCAAAACAACUUUGGCUACAAAACUCUAUAGAGAUCCACGCAUUAUGUCUCACUUUGACAUUCUUGCAAAAGCUACUGUUUCGCAAGAGUACUGUGUGAGAAAUGUACUCCUUGCCCUUCUUGCUUCGACAAGUGAGGAACCUGAUGACCAACUAGCAGACCAACUGCAAAAGCGUCUAAAAGGCAAGAGAUACUUGGUAGUAAUUGAUGACAUAUGGACUAAAGGAGCUUGGGAUGAUAUAAGACAAUGUUUCCCAGACUGUAAUAAUAGAAGCCGAAUACUCUUGACUACUCGGAAUGUGGAAGUGGCUAGAUAUGCUAGCUCAGGUAAACCUCCUUAUCACAUGCGCCUCAUGGAUUUUGAUGAAAGUUGGAGUUUAUUGUAUGAAAAGGUCUUCGCGAAAAACUCUUUUCCCCCGGACUUUGAGCAACUUGGUAAGCAAAUUGCAUUAAAAUGCGGAGGAUUACCUCUAGCAAUUACUGUGAUCGCGGGACUUCUCUCCAAAACCGGCAAAACAUUGGAAGAGUGGCAAAGUGUUGCCGAAAAUGUAAGUUCAGUGGUAAGCACAGAUCUUGAAGCCCAAUGCAUGGGAGUGUUGGCUUUGAGUUACUAUCACUUGCCUUCUCACCUAAAACCGUGCUUUCUAUACUUUGCAAUUUUCCCAGAGGAUAGCCUGAUUUUUGUCAAUAAACUUUUGGACUUAUGGGUUGUAGAGGGAUUUUUGAAGGUAGAAGAGAUGGAAAAUAUAGAAGAAGCGGCAGAAAAAUGUUUGACAGAUCUUAUAGAUAGAAGUUUAAUUUCCAUCAGUCAUUCAAAAUUUGAUGGAAAAAAAAAGAGUUGUAGAAUGCACGAUGUGACCCGUGAACUCUGCUUGAGGGAAGCUCGAAAUGUGAAUUUUGUGAAUGUUCUCAGAGGAACGAGUAAUCAAAAUCCAAGUACACAAUCCAUCCAAUGUUCCUGUACAAGUCGAGGUCGGAUCAGUAUCCAUAAUGAGGAAGAACUGGUCAGGUAUCGUAACAGUGAGCCUCAUUCUAUUAUCAUGUUUGGAAAAUACCAACGCUUUGAGCCAGAGUUGCCUUUCAAGCUAGUAAGAGUACUAGAUCUUGCUUCUAUUUGCUGUCCAACUUUUCCCAGUCGAAUACUUUCUUUAACUCACUUGAGAUACCUAGAUUUGGCUUUUGAUCAUCGCGUAGGGAAGUUGCUACGAUUCGAAGAAGAGGGUCCCUCAUCAAUAAUAGAAAUUCCUCCAUCGAUAUCAAGCCUGUGUUAUAUGGAAACUUUUAUACUUCACUUUUCAAAUCCCUUUACUAAAACUGCUUUGAUAUUACCAUCGGAAAUUUUGAUGAUGCUGCAGUUGAGGCACCUCCGUUUGACCUGGAAUUACUUGCACUAUCAUGGAAUUAUAGGGAAAAGUUUGGUUUUAAAAAAAUUGCAUUGUCUCUCUGGAUUGAAUCCUAGGUACUGUACUGGUUCUUUCUUUAGACUAUUUCCCAAUUUGAAGGAGUUGCAAAUAUAUGGCUUCUUUAAAGACUUUUGUAGUUGCAAAGACCUGCAUGAUUUGCGCUACUUAGAUCAGCUCGAAGAAUUGGAAUUUCAUCUUGGAGAUCCUAUCAUUUAUGGUAGGAAAACUGUAGUGUUACCUUUGCUCAUACCUCCUCCAUGUGCUUUUCCACAAAGUCUUAAGAAUUUAGCUUUCACCGGACAGUUCUUCUUGCCAUGGAAGGAUUUGAGCAUUGUUGGUAAAUUACCCAAACUUGAGUCCCUUAAGCUGGAGACAUUUGCCUUCAUAGGCGACGAGUGGGAAGUAGCUGAGGAAGGGUUUCCUCGCUUGAAGUUCUUGCUACUGAAAGAUUUAUACUUCCGGCACUGGAGAGCCAGUAGUGAUCACUUUCCCUGCCUUGAACGACUGAUUAUUGAAGAAUGCGGGAAUUUGGACUCAAUCCCCCAAGAAUUUGCAGAUAUAACCACACUUACUCUAAUUGAAAUAACCAAGUGUGUACAAUCUGUUGGGAAUUCCGCUAAGCAAAUUCAGCAGGACAUUGAAGACAACUAUGGACGUUCUAUUGACGUCUAUACCCGUGAUUAUUUGUAAGACAUCUUCCUUGAUUUACUUCUUAUAAUUGUUUCUUGUAUUUGUGCUUCCAAACUAUAUAUUUUUAGUGCUGUGCCUAAUGUUAGAUUCUUUGGUUCUUUCUUUCUUUCUUUUGGAAAGACGUAAUAUAUCCAACUUUGGAUGUACACAAGUAGCUAUUUGAACUUGUAUAAAGUUGAACAGGUAGACAUAUGCAUUCUAUGUGGUGUUCUACAUGGCAAUUUGCGUCCUAUGUGGCGUCCUACGUGUAUUAUGCCACGUAAGACAUACAUUGAUGCUAAUUGAGGCCAAGUUAAAGGGCGAUCUUUAUGUAUUAUGCCUUUUGAAGGUAGCCAUACUUUCAUGAGUAGACAUGCCCAAUAGGAGUUGAAGUUAUGGGCAGUGAUACAUAAUUUUUCUGUUUUUAUCUGCAACAACAUACAACUCUUCAUAGCUAGAUCGAUAUAAUAACCUGGAUAAUAGAUAAAUUGCACCGAUAGUGUAAACGUUCUUUCUGCAGUCAUUGUGUAUAAUUUAAAUCCCUCCAAUAUUGUGUAACUUGUUAUUACUUGCAUGCUCAUUCUUGAUAUGUUUUUGCUCUUGUUCCUUAAUUUU